UGGAAGAUGUUCAGGUCUCCUGUUACAGAAUACUGGCCAGUUUAUAUGCUCUGGGAACCAGCAAGAGUAUCUAUGUAGAGAGGCAACGAUCAGCACUAGGAGAAUGCUUGGCUGCUUUCUCAGGUGCCUUUCCUGUGGCUUUUUUGGAAACUCACUUGAACAAACAUAAUAUCUACUCAAUUUACAAUACCAAGAAUGCAAGAGACAGAGCAGUUCUCAAUUUGCCUACUACUGUAGAAGAGGUUUGCCCAAAUAUUCCUUCCUUGGUGAAGCUAAUGGAAGAAAUUGUGGAACUGGCAGAGUCUGGUAUUCGUUACACACAAAUGCCACAUAUAAUGGAAGUAAUACUGCCUAUGCUAUGUAGUUACAUGUCACACUGGUGGGAGCAUGGGCCAGAAAACAAUCCAGACAAGGCUGAAAUGUGUUGCACAGCUUUGACAUCAGAGCACAUGAACACUCUGUUGGGUAACAUAUUGAAAAUCAUCUAUAACAAUCUUGGUAUUGAUGAAGGAGCCUGGAUGAAGAGAUUAGCAGUGUUUUCCCAGCCCAUCAUAAGCAAAGCGAAGCCACAGCUCUUAAAGACACACUUCCUGCCACUGAUGGAUAAGCUAAAGAAAAAAGCAGCAGUGGUUGUAUCGGAUGAAGAACAUCUAAGAGCAGAAGGCAGAGGUGACAUGUCGGAGGCUGAACUGCUCAUCCUAGAUGAGUUCACCACUUUGGCACGGGACCUCUAUGCCUUCUACCCUUUGUUGAUUAGAUUUGUGGACUAUAACAGGGCAAAAUGGCUGAAAGAGCCUAACUCUGAAGCAGAAGAGUUGUUCCGCAUGGUGGCUGAGGUCUUCAUUUACUGGUCAAAAUCUCAU